AUGAACGAUACUUCAUAUAUAUACUACCUACCUACUAAGGUAGGUAGAGAUAAACGUCCGGUUAUUCCGAGAAUAAAGCUUAUUAUGACAGCAGUGCCCAGCUUGCCUCGCACCCUCCUUAAUCGUGACUUCUCCCACAACCUAACAACAAUAGAUCCUCCUUCCAGAGGCACAAAGUCCCAGCAGACUAAAGAAAUAGCUCGAAUAGCUACCUACUGGCCAGCCUUUCCCUCACUACCUGAUACUCUGCAUUACCUGACAAUUACUGUUACAGAUAUUCUGUCUCAUUCCCGCUUACUCCAUGAGAAAGUUUUGGUCAAGGGAACGUUACUUCACCACUCCUUUCUCAUGUUCUUGGGCUACGUCUGA